AUGAAGGGCUACCCCUUCUCCGCUGGUGCCAAAGUGGACGGCAUCGCCUUCAUCAGCGGCAACCAAGGUGUCGACAUGAAGACCUCAAAGCUGGUGCAGGGAGGACAAGAGGCGGUGAAAGCCUCCGGCACAGAUCCGCUGUUGAAUCUCAGCCGCUGUCAAGUGCACCCCACAAACCCGUUGCGUUGCCGAAUGGCGAGCACGACGGGGGGCUACGGUGCAGAUGGCCCUGGCCCGAAGUUUGUGAAGUUGAGUGGCGAAGAGAUCCCGUACAAAGCGCCAGCCAACAGCAGGGUGCGAGCUGUGACCCAAGCUCUGACGAAGUUCUUCCCGGGCGGCUCGGUGCGUUUGAUCGAUGAGUCCGGAAGAGUCCUUUGCAGGGAUGACCCCAUUCCUUCGGCCGGAACUCUCCAGGUUCAGGUCAUGGGAAUUGCUGCUGGCCAAUGGUCCAGCUUGUACUUUGCCGCCCUGGAUGGCUUCGAUGAGGACGCCUUGCGGCGUGAAUUGCAAGCUGCCUGGCCUGGUGACUACGACGGCCCAGAGGCCACAGAUGAUCAGAUGGAUGGGUGGCAGAACAGUACCUUCGAGGCUUUGCAACCGGCGGUCCUGAAGUGUUGUGGUGAGUGGGCUGACUAUUGGACCUUUGGCUCUGCCGCCUGCUCCUAUGGCUAUUGGUACGUUCGGCCGCCCUACAACGACAUGAAGCCCAGUGUGGAGUUGAUCAUCACCGAUCUGAAGAGGUGGCAGAAGAUUCUGGUGGAUUUGGAAGAUGAGUUUGCUCAGCUACGUUCCAGAUGUUCUGCCUAUGAACUUUCUGAGCACCUGGAGACGGCGAUUGCUCAACUCCUUCGUCACUGUCCGGCCUUUGCAACCGACGUUCCGUGGCACGUGGGGUUUGAGAUGUGGUACCAACCUUUCGCAGAUCUGGUCGGCUGGUACUUGAGCUCCACCGGGCUCGAAGAGACACACCUGAAGCUCCUGGAGACCGUGACCAAUGCGAUCAGGGGCUUUCAAAGUUACUCUUGUCCACCGGAUACAGCCCUAGCGGUGGUGCGAAAGGUCGCUCCGGCAUACAACAGCAAGUUCGAGCAGGUGGAUUCCACCAGCGAUUGGCUCGGAUCACGCGCAGCCAUGGUUGCAUCGACUGCACCUCCUGUUGAGGGCACCGCAAACGAGGACAGCCACCUGCGCUUUAUCGAUUCUGUGGAUGCUGCCAGGGACAGCAAACGAGCCGCCGAUCUUCGCUAUGCGCUGGACGACUGCCGAAAGACAGCGCUGACAGGUGUUCCAUUGGACUUGUCGCACCUGACCCGGUGGCAAAGCUUUUUGUUGGGAGAAUCGAGGACCUCUGACUUGUCCUUCCGCCAGCAUGACGCCUAUGCCAAGCAGGGCCGAGAACGCUAUCCUUUCGAUGAGAAUACCGAGUCAAAGUUUCGAGAACGUCUGGCGGAGGCCAACAGCGAUGAGCCCUUGGCUCUCAGAGCUUGUCGCGCCUAUCUGGAUGUGUGUUUCUUCCAUCCUUUUGAAGAUUGCAACAGCCGCAUGGCGCGCCUGGUCUUUGACUUCCUCCUCACCCAGGCAGGAUACGCUCUCAGCACCAGCGAGCCAAUCUUCAUGUUCGCCAGAUCCGCCCGGGACGCCGAGGGUGCCAAAGCGAUGGUGCAGCUAGUGGAGUCCCUGCUAACUAAGCCCGGAACCGAUUGGGGCAAGCCACUGGCGAGCUGGGUCCAGAAGAACCCUCCCAAGGUCAGCCAGAAGCUCCGCUGGUUUAGCUGCUUCCGAUGGCCUGAGGACAAUCAGGACUUUCUGCACUAA